AUGGCAGCGGCGAAUUCAGUAGUUCGGCUCUCGGCUCUGUCUCCAAACGAGACCUUCAUCAAGCUCCCUCACCCGUACUUGACCGAGUACACUGUUCAGAAGACAACAGCGCCGCCAAAUAAAGCAGCCGGAGAUGUGCCCCUUUUCCAGCUCCGCGAGCGUCCCGACUCGUCGACGCAGAAACUCUCAGCCCCGUUGCACAACACAAAGCUCUACUUCUCCGAGCCCGCGGACCUAAAGUCCAGUGAACUGCCUGCGGAUUCCAACAAUAGCGCCUGGGCUAGAGCGAGACGCUCGCCAUUCUCCGUGGUCGUCUGGGACGGCGCCGAGACGCCUUCCCUCGCGCAAGCAUGGCUGCUCUUAUACGUCUUGUUCACGGCCGGGCCGGGCAUGGAGUCGGUACGGUUGGAGCUCGUUGGCGCCAACGCCGCGACUCUGGGUGCCCAGUUGCGCGAUGUUCUGCUGGCCAUUGACCACCCACUGCCUGCCAGAGAGAAGCGCCCGUCGGUUUCCAACGAGAACGAAUACCUUGUGCUGGCUCUACGAAGCACAUUCUGGCAAGGCGCCGGCUCUCCCUUUGGUCCCCGACCCGUGUGGUUGCCCGCCGAGUCGCCUCUGUCUCUCCACGGAGCCAAGUCGCUGGCGUCGUAUCCUCUUACUCCUCUCCAGCACACGGUUACCAUUACAUCCGCCGGCGAUCCCCAAGAUGCCGACAGGUGCCAGCAGUCGUGGCAUCCUAUUCGCCCCGCGAAGCCUGCUCCUGGCGCCGUCAUGUCCAGCCGAUGGAUUCCGCACCUAAAGGAAACCUUCUCAAUGGUGUCGCUGGACUACCAAGACGAACAACACUUGAGGCUGUUCCACGAGUGGCAGAACGACCCUCGUGUUUCGCAGGGCUGGAACGAAACGGGCACUCUGGACCAGCACAGGGAGUACCUGCGCAACAUUCACCAAGAUCCCCAUCAAGUCGCUCUUCUGGCCAAGUGGGAUGAUGCCUACUUUGCCUACUUCGAAGUGUACUGGGCCAAGGUAAGUUUCAAAGAAGGAUUGUCGAGUGCAAAGCCGUCGUGGAGAUGCGUCGCUAACACGAUGGACGAUGCUCUACAGGAGGACCGCCUCGGCGGCUACUAUGAUGCGGGCGACUUUGACCGCGGCCGUCACUCCCUCGUUGGCGAUAUUCGGUUCCGCGGCCCUCACCGUGUGACUGCCUGGUGGAGCAGCUUGAUGCAUUACCUCUUCCUGGAUGACCCUCGUACCAUGAAUGUCGUGGGUGAGCCCAAGAACACCAACUCGACUGUUGUCAUGUACGACCUCAUCCACGGCUUCGGCAUCGAGCACUUUGUCGAUUUGCCUCACAAGCGAAGCGCUUUUGUGCGAUGCCCGCGCAAUCGAUUCUUCCAGCUGUGUCCGCUCGGGGAGAGCGACAAGGCCGUUGGUGGUAUGAGAAUCGGCCUGGUUCCAAAGUUGUAG